AUGGCUUGGAAGCGAGAUCAAAAGGCACACGAAGACAUCCUCCAGCGCCUCCGGCGCAUCAAAGAUCGAGUUGAAGUGGAAUUGAGACACUUCAAUGUAGCAAACAUCACAGACGGAAACCGUGCAUUCAUAAAAGCUCAGAAUAUCUCCAUCGCCUCACCGACCACACCUGACAAUGUUUUAUCGGCUCCAAAGGCCCUGCCGGCAACGCACUUCAGUGUGCCUUUCUCCCAAAAUAACACGUACUGCGGCCGAGAGGAAUUACUCAUCAGAAUUCAUGAAUGCCUUCGUCCAUCGGUCACCGGAACGCAAGAUAGACUCAUGUUCUUUGUACUAUGCGGACUAGGGGGAUCAGGAAAAUCACAAGUUGCACUCCAGUACGCGUAUCGAUUUCGGAAUUCAUUCGAAGCUUGUUUUUGGAUCACAUGCGACACGAAUGUGAAAAUUACUCAAGGAUUCGUCGAGAUUGCACGCAAGCUACGGCUGGAUGUCCACGGACACUCUCAAGCACACCAUGUCGUUCGAGACUGGCUUUGUGAAAAUGGUACAAACUGCCUCAUCAUACUUGAUAACGCAGAAAGCCCUGUGGCUCUGGAGGAAUACAUACCACCUACGACUAAAGGUUCAUUGUUGCUUACUAGUCAGGAUCAGACGUGGCUCAUUCAAGAAUUCAUUACAAAGGGCGAGCGACUAGGUUCAUUUUCGAAGGCCGAAGGGGUUCGACUUCUAAGAACGCUCCUUGAGCGCGUGAACAUGGACGUCAGUGACGAAGAUGCAAGCGAGAUUGUGGAUGAGAUGGGCGCACUUCCUCUCGCCGUCCGUCAAGCCGGAUCAUACAUAACAACAACGUCUAUUGAUCCCGCCAGUUUCUUAGCCUACUACAGAGACAUGAAGAUGAGAGCAGCGCUAAAUUCAUUGGGACAAGGCUUGAUUAGUUACCCGCACACCUUGGCCACAGUUUGGAAGCUCUCGUUCGAUCGGUUGUCCCCGGCAAGCCUUCAUUUGCUAAGUAUAAUGUCUUUUCUCGACCCAGACAGAAUCCCGAAAUCAGUUUUUGAUAUUGAUAUUCUGCGAUGGGCGUACCCAGAUACCUUCCAAACCCAGGACCAUGUUCUCCGCGCUUUGGGAGAUAUUAGUCGGUAUUCUCUCAUCGUAUCAGUUCCUCCAGGGCAGGAACUAUCGGUACACCGGCUAGUACAACAAUACUGCUUAGAUCGAUUAACGACCUCUGAUCGUCAAAGGUCCUUUGACACUGCCAUACGGCUCCUCCGGCAUGUGUUUCCCCGACAAUCGCCAUUCGCGGAACCCCUCAGCGAAGAGUGGCCAGAAUGUGAGAAAUGGAUCACCCAUGUCAUCUCUUUGGGUAACCGUCUGGCACAGCUUGAUGCCCAGCUCCUGUCAAUCGAACAAGUCGCGGAGCUCUUUCUUGACGCUUCGAUUUAUCUAUGGGAGCGGGGGCUUCUAUCUUCGGGCGAACGCCUCAUUAUUACCGCAAAACGUAUCUGCGAGAGCCAAAACACCAAAAUUUUCAACAAUAAUGCUCUUGCCUCAGACAUUGAUGCAUUUCAGGCAACAUUUCUCGCGGAGCAAGGGGAUCUUUCAGGAGCAUUGGAAUGUUUUGAGAGGCAGGCACAAGAUCGUCGAAGCAACCUUGCUUCUAUCCGAGACCGAGGAGACUUUCCAACAAUGGUGGACGAAAUCCAGUUAUCCAAUGCGUAUAACAACCUAGCUGGGAUCUGUCUCUCUAUGGGCCGUCUUGCGGAUGCUGAAAUGUGGAACAUUUUAUCUCUGCGGAUCAAAGAGUACUGGCAUGCGCAGGUCAAGAUAAAUGACCACGUCAAACUAGACUAUCUCCUCAGUUUGUCCUACAGCAAUACAGCCAACUUAUAUGGUCGCCAACGGCGGUGGGAAGAAGGAGCAGAGUACUACAACCGGUCUUUGGAAGCCAGUAAGGACUCGAAAGAUCUACUCAAACGAGCUUUAACUUUUCACAAUUAUGGCUGCAUGAGAUUGGAGGAAGGAAAGACUCCAGUCGCUCUUGAACUGUUUUCAGAAGCCUUUCACCUACGGAAGGGGAAGCUGGGGGACCAUUUUGAUACCGCUAACACGUUACACAUGAUUGCAUGCUGUCAAUCUCGAUUAGACGAUCAACCCACCGCGAGGUAUAUCUCCGAACUUUUUUCUUGUCUCUUCUUGCUGAAUGCGCGGACUGACGUGGGAAAUAGGGAUUGUUUGCUGGAAGCAAUCCGCAUCCUAGAGGGAUUAGCUCACCCAGAUAAAAGGCGGAUCGCACGGUCAAAAUAUAAGCUUUCUCUUGUACUUCGUUACCUGAACGACCCUGCGGAGAUGCAGACCCACCGUGAGGCUCUCAAAAUGUAUCAGGCAGAGCAACCAAGCCAUGACCCGUCGAUAACGCUAGACGAGACUGCUUUCGAUAACUUAGUCGCACACAUUUAA